AUGGAAGGCGGCAAGCACCGUCCAAUUUUCAUACACCGACAGGCAAGACCAAACACUCUGACCCAAGAGUCAAGACUCAAGAGACGGGGACAAUGGUGCGUGCGCCGCGUCCGCCGUCCCCGUCAGGCCCGUACCCUCUGCUUCGAGACAAAAGUGCCAGGUUGCAAGUCGAAUGCCGAGAGCUUGCACUCCGACGAUGCCGCUAGACGACUUUGGGCAAAUCUAAACAGCGCAACAACGUCUCAAAUAGUCCAUAACCACGUACAACUACCUCACCUCACUGUACGGAUCUGCUCCUCGGGUGGUUACGUGGACACGCCUACACUCUUCGCACAAUAUCACAGAUUGGGGCUCCUCGUCAACGCCGUGCCCGGCAGCCUUACGGCCAGGAGACAAGAGAACCCCGGCUCUUAUUUGGCCUACUAUUGUCGUCCCUUCCGAGCUGGAUUGAGCAUUUCAGCUGCAAGAGAUGCCGGCGGCGAUGCGAUACUACCCAUGGAACCAACCUCUCUGCCAGGAACUUCCAUCGACACUCCCUCCAUCAACAAUACGCCCAUUCCAUCUCCCCGACCGCACCCCUUAUCCAAAGCGAUGGGGCCACCGUCAAGUAAAGCCUUCAGACUGUCAUUAGAUGUGACAUCCCUCCUUGCCCGCUGGGAUACUGGCCCUUCUAAAUUGCAUACUACAUGCUGGCACAAAAAUCCACAUCCAGCACGCACACAACUUCGCCUCAUCUUCCACCCAAUUGGGGGUCCAACUGACUUGACAGUCUCGAUCCGAUUCACAAUCGCAAACCACCCGCACUGCACGAGCUCAGAGUUGCAGUACACACUGCAGAACCUUGCCGGCCACCAAACUAGUUGCCCGCUCCAGGCGAGCCCAUGUCAUAUAGCCGCGACAUCUUGGUGUCUAGGCGGCCGUGUCAACCCCGUGGUAACACAAUUGCCCGCGCUCUGGUCGCAGGCUGUGUCAAUACCGAAUUCGCAUCUUGAUACUGUCACUCAAGGAGUGAGCACUUUAUCGCUGAAUUACCAUGACGAAACUCAAUCAACUUCGCUCAACUUUGAACGCCACCGCCCAACAUUGUCAAGCAAGACUUUGACUAUGCCACCAAUACCCCCGGCUGGUGUUCAAGGCACGCCGUCCAUCAAGCCAGUCCAAGCGGCUGUGUGUCCUCUCAGGCUCGUUCAGGGGUUGCCCUCCGCCAUGGCGAACCACAGCUUUGGAUACCUCCAAUUCAAGUCCAUGGUCCAUUACAACACCACGUCGCUACCUGACUCGAACCUUGCCCGCGGUACUUUGUCGAAUCAUCGCAAAGCUUGCGACGUGCUACCCAACGGGGCCAUUGACAUCGACAGGCCAAGGCCCAGCUUCACCAAGGGCCGCCAGGUGCAACACUGCAAAGGCGUGAUGGAGAUGCUGGUCAUUUAUGCUCCAGCUCUCUUGCUUACCCUUGCAACGCUCGCUACCUACAGACGACCAUGCACACGCCCCACGCCACGAUCUGCCGCCAACGGCUCCCGCUACAACGCAACCCCCUUCCAAUGCAUUCCCUCGUAUUUCGCUGUGGGCUACGGGCAGUGCUGUUGGAUGUUCGAAUGGUGGCUAUCUACACGACUACGGACGAAUGUCGUGGGCACUUGGAUAGCCUCUAUCCUUACGACUACAGACCCCCAACAGAGCUGCCGCCCGCAUGCUCGCCCGAUUAGGCCCGGGGACGAGCUGAUCCUCUGCUUUGGGAAAAGACACUCCAAAGGCACAACUUGGAUGCUGGCAAGGUCUCGUGUCGGAAAAAAGAAAAACGCUCAAUCUGCGCAUGCUGCGCUACUACACACUGAAUCAACCGUUAUCAAACGUUCAAGGGUUGAACGAUGGCUUGUCUUCCAUCCCAAGACAAAUCCUUUGGGGUCCAUUGGCCAAGCUUCCGUCCUGCCGUCCCCUCUUGACUUGGAUCGGUCAUCAACCAAGAUACGAAUACCUACCUACCUUACACACACCAGCCGCUGCCCCUUGAAUCUGGCCGAUGAGAACCCCACCCAAUUCUAUGUCGAGGCUUUCCGCCUUUGGUUUGACGAACAUCGGACAUCGUCCCUCCCUCGCUUUCGUCCCAGAUUCAGGAUGAAAGUGCCCUACCUACUUGACCUAUACAUGUGCAACACGACACGGACCUUUCCAAGUUUCCAGCCUCAACUUACUCCGCGGCCUCCGCCGAAACUGGCGCCAGAGCCCUCUUCCGCCACGUCCGUUGUGCGAGUGACGCGUUCCGCCGCGCAGCCUCAAUGCAUUACCGCCUACGGCAUGAUCGGUCGGCCAUCACUCGCAGCUCGUUGCCCGCACCGCCGAUGCGGCCCUCUUUCUCUUCACAACCACGAGGACCAGUCUCGGCUCCAAGCUCGUCCUGGCCCGCUGUGCAACGAGACAGAAAGGCGCGGUGGCUUCGGUACUUGGCUAAGCAAUCUAUCAACUCAUGCACCGCGGUCCCAGGUUCGGGGAGGGUGCCCGCCACAGUCAAUUCCUGACCCCAGGCUUGCUUUCGUGAGGCUCAGAGAGGGGGCAAAACGGAGGCUAAACUUCCCCAUCGUGGGUCCCCCCUUCUCCGACCAGGGCGAUCACCGGGUUUCGCAGAUCUCGCGAAAAGCUCCAGUCGUCAAAAAAUUCAAGGCCACAAAACUGUCGUACCCGCGCGUGUUUUCCAUGCGACCAUGCGAGUUCUUGGAGCAGGAAGAGGGGCAUGCGCUCGCUGAUCAGCAGAACAAAUCCAACCCAGAGACUUGGAUCAUUUCCAAAAUACCGGUAUGCCCAGAUUGUCGAAACGACGUUGGCGCUCUGAAUAGCUAUAUGGCGCCAAUAGCUACCUGGCGUGUGAUGGGCAUCGGGCAGAACAAACACCUAGAUAUCGUGACCGCUUGGCAUGCCGGGCGCUGCUACUCGACGCUCGGCUCACAUUGCCUCGGCGGCCAUUCAGGUAGCUCCGACGUCAUUCGUCAGUCAGGUAGGUGGUAUGCCAAUCUAAUGGUCAACUUAUCAGCUAGUAUGCCACAAUCUCAGUGGUGCAGAAUGUAUAUCUCGAUGGGGAUAAUUCACGAUGAAGCCCCUCUACUACCUUCGCCAGAGAAAGCCAAGACUUGCUUGUCUCAUAUGCGCGGUUCCCAGAUCAUUCUCGCCAUUGCACAAAUUCUUUUGUGA